UUUUUUUUUUUAAUUCUUUCCUUUUUUUUCUUAUACGAUACAGGUACUUUUAUUAUACAAGAAAAACUAGCCAUUAAAUUUCUCUUAAAAUAAUCAUUAUUUUUUGUGAAUUGUAUUAGCUUCGACGCGAAGCUGAGAAGAUUCCUACACACCUAAAACAAAUUACAUUGAAUUCCUCUCUAAUGAAAUAAUAAAACAUUCUCAAUUAAAAGUAGAUGACAUAAUUGAGUUAACAAAACGAGCAAAGGAACUUAACUUACCUAUUAGAAGUAAAGAAAUUAUUAUGUUCCUACAUAGCGCUAAAUUUAAUGUAGAUAAGGCUCAACGAUUUAUGACAAAUAAUUACAAACAAAGAAAAAAUCUCUCUCAGUUUUUUUCUACUAAAGAUCCUAUGUCAUUGGAAAUGAAACAAGUUCAUGAAACUAUGGGAUUUUCUAUCACAUUAAUGAAUAAUAAUGAAUGUCAUAUUUACGCUCAAUUAAAAGACACCGACAAUAGCAAAUUUAACUUCGUUAGCACAAUUCGUUACUUAUUUAUGGUAAUUGAAUAUGUAAUGAUAACUCAAGGGACAGUAGAAAAUAUAGUUUUUACAUUCAAUGCAAAUGGAAUAGGACUUUUUCAUUUGAAUAAAAUUAAUAUGGACUUGGCACAACAACUUAUGAUGUUCCUAAAAGGGAGUCUACCUGUACGAAUGAAAGGAAUAUAUAUCGUAAACUCUUGGUCAUUUAUUGCAAAAAUAAUAAAUUCACUAACUAGUUUUGCGAGUAGUAGUAUUAAAGACAAAGUAAAAUUUGUAGAAGGAGAAGAACUUAAAAAUUAUACUUCUAUUGAUCACAUACCAUCAGAAAUCCAAGGAAACGACAAAAGUCAUGUUAUACUAUCCGAAAUUACAUAUAAAAAUUUAUGCUCGUACCGUGAUUGGUAUACAAGAAAACAAAACAUAAAAGAAGAAAUAAAACAUACUUAAUGAUUGUACCACCCCUCCAAUUACACUCUUCUGCAAAAUUUUUUUAUAUCAAGCAUUUAUACAUGUAAUAAAGAAUACGGCGAAACUUAAGAGUCCAAUUCUUAAUCAACAACUUAACAAUCGAAGUAAUAUUUAAAGGUUAUUACUAAAUUGUUUUUCGUCAGGCUUUAAUAAUUUCGGUUUGUAUAACUUGAUAACACAGCCGCAAAAAAUCAUGCCUCAUAAUUCAAAUUACUUUUUUAUUUUUUAUUAAUUAGGGUAAAAAAAAUUGUAUUAUUUUUAUGUACAUUUUUAUAUUUUAAAGAAUAGCUAUUAAUAAAAAAAUUCAAAAAUAUAUAAAAAUUAAAUUUUCUCACAUAAGUUGAAGCCUAACGAGAAGAAAUUUAGUUCAGAUCUAAAAGUUAUUCUGAAAAUAUUUCAAGAAAUCGUACUCAUUAUUGACAUAAAUUGUGUCAUGUAAGUUUAAAAUAAAACUUAAUAGUUUCUACUGUAUUUACUGUGAAUUUAAAAUAAAAGCCUAAUAAAAAGCUUUAUUUUCGCUUCUUAAAAUUUCCUGUUAUAUUACUUUAGUUAUCAAGUUGUUGACCAAGAUAAGAAUUAGAAUCUCAGGUUUUUUUGUACUUCUAGUGACAUACUCAUAUACUCUGUAGUAUAUGUAAUAACAUCACAUUGUAAUAUUAUAAUAUAUCUUUUACUAUAUUUGCUAGAAAAUGAUGAAAAUUUUUUGUAUUCGUUUCUACAUAAACAUUAGUCAUAUAAGGAUAAAAAACUGAUAAGGAUUGGCCGAACUUCCACUUAACGAUAGAUAAUAGUAGUUUAAGAAAAAAAUGAUGUAUAGAAACUUAAAUUUUUUAAAAAUAAAGUAUAAAUUGCAAAAAAAUGUAAUCAUUUUUCUAUUUUUACAUUAGCAAUUAACUAAAAACUAGUUUAUAUAAUUUAUUUAUAAUUUUUGUGAUGCAAUUAUUUGUGACUACUUAUAUUUGUAUAAAAAUUUAAAUAAAUUAUAUAAAAUCAACAAAAAUUAAACGAAAGAUGUAUACUAACAAAAAUAUUUUU